AUGGCUACUUACCCAACAAUCUAUGUUGAUCAAUCUGGACAUGGAAAUUUCUCAACCAUUCAAUCCGCUAUUGAUUCCAUUCCUUCAACCAAUGGGAAUUGGAUUUGUGUUUCCGUUAGGGCCGGCGAGUACAGAGAACAGGUAAGAAUUCCAAUGGAUAAGCCAUACAUAUAUAUUAAAGGAGAUGGAAAAAGAAAGACAACUGUAGUUUGGGAUUCUCACGAUUCUAUUGCUACCAGCCCUACUUUCAUCUCUCAAGCUGAUAAUAUCUUUGUCAAAAGCAUAUCCUUCAAGAACUCUUUUAACAAUCCUCCGACGAACUACAACCCUAUAAGAACGGCCGUGGCGGCGAUGAUCUCUGGUGACAAAUCUGUUUUUUAUAGAUGUGGGUUUUUUGGAUUCCAAGACACUUUGUGGGAUGUUCAAGGCAGACAUUACUUCAAGCUCUGCACCAUACAAGGAGCUAUUGAUUUCAUCUUUGGUUCUGGUCAAUCUAUUUAUGAGAGAUGUACAAUAUCAGUAAUAGCAGGAGCAUUAGAUGGAUUGGCAGGGUACAUAACAGCACAGGGAAGGUCUACACCAGAGGAGACUAAUGGUUUUGUCUUCAAAGACUGCAAUGUUAUUGGAACUGGACUCACCUACUUGGGCAGGCCUUGGAGAGAGUAUUCCAGAGUCAUCUUUUACAACUCUUAUUUAUCAGAUGUAGUUCUUCCUCUUGGUUGGAAUGCUUGGGGCAAUUUCGGCGGCCGCGAGCAUCAGUUAACCUUUGCUGAGCAUGGCUGCUAUGGAAUUGGAUCAAACACAUUAAACCGUGUUAAAUGGGAAGCUAAUCUGAGUCAGGAUAUGCUAUCGUGGUUAACUAGCAUCAGAUUCGUCGACGAUGAUGGUUGGAUUAGCCGCCUACCGGUCAACAUGUAAACUUGAU